UUUAUUAAAUUUUCGUUUUAAUAAGAGGUCAGAUCGAAGUUAGAUAUUCGAGCUUGUGAGCAAGUGGAUUUUUUUAGCAAUGUCCGGGUUGGAUUCAAGUUCGGGUUCUCGCUAUAUCCAUCAGCUACUCCCACCAGACAAAGAAGCAACCGAUCACGGUGGCGCGACAACCGAUUGUGGCGGAGGAGGCACCACUCCAGGAGGAAGAAGGCCACGAGGUCGUCCAGCAGGCUCCAAGAAUAAACCUAAACCACCGAUAAUCGUCACACGCGACAGUCCAAAUUCACUAAAAUCCCAUGUGUUCGAAAUAUCUUCCGGUUCAGACAUAUUCGACUCAGUUGCAACCUACGCGAGGCGGCGUGGCCGGGGUGUUUGUGUGCUUAGUGGCACCGGCGCCGUCACGAAUGUUACACUCCGGCAACCGGCUGCUCCUUCCGGGAGUGUUAUAACACUGCAUGGGCGGUUUGAGAUUUUAUCUUUAACCGGGACCUCCCUUCCCCCACCGGCUCCGCCAGGAGCUAGUGGCUUGACGAUUUAUCUCGCCGGUGGUCAGGGUCAAGUUGUAGGAGGGAGAGUGGCGUGUCCGUUAAUGGCUUCGGGUCCGGUUGUAUUAAUGGCUGCAUCAUUUGCCAAUGCAGUUUAUGAUAGGUUACCCCUUGAUCAAGAGCAACAGCCAGUAGUUCAGCUGCAACCGGCAGCUUCACAGUCAUCUGGAGUCACUGGCAGUGGUGGCGGAGGGCAGUUAGCUGAUGGAGGCAGUGGCACAACAACUAACAGCGGCGCUGGAGGUGGUGGUGUUCCUUUCUAUAAUUUGGGAAGUUAUCCUUUUCCAGGUGAUGUAUUUGGCUGGAGUGGCACUGCAACGAGGCCUACCUUUUAGUCAUCAAAUAAUGAAGAAAUUGUUGCAGAAUGUAAUGGUUUCAUUGCCGAUGGAAAUUGUAUUUCAAUGCAGAAAGCAAAUGAAUCCAAGUUCUGAUGAU